CAGGCCGCCGUACCCACAAAAGCCCGUAUUUCCUCUCCGGUUGAAGAGGGAUCGACGUUUUGCCGGUCUAAUCUUGUAAGUUGUGUUCUUUCUCCAACUCUUGCUGCAGCAUCUGUUGCAGCUGCAGCUCCGAGGCGCAGCGUAGCUCCAUCACCCCUCUUCUACGUGUGUACGGAUGUGUGUAUGUGUCGAAAUCGCCUUCUUCACCGGGCCCCCGUUCAUGACAGCUUCGAUCAACCUGCUACAACGAUUCCAGGCAGUCAAUGGACUAAGCCACUUCAAUGCGGGCGUCCACCUGCUGCCUCUCCUCUUGAGCUCCCCCGCCCCCACUUCCCACGGCGGAAUCCGGACAUCUCGCUACGAGGUGGGACAUCCAGCCUUCCUACCUGUCGUUACUUGGGGCAGAUAUGCGGAUACUGAGCGUUGUCUUCGUCUGCUCUGCGCCUGCUCCGCGGCGCCCGGCGAAUUGAGACGUCUCUUGGGCUUCCCCAGUCUCCAGGUCACGAUGGGAUUCGGCCUUGGCAUGGCAUUGGCCACUCUGCCCAUCUACGUCUCUUUCCUGGCUGACCGGGCGGACCUGGCCAUUUCGAUGAGUGCUGUGAUGCGACACAGGUUCGAACAUUUGGGGGAGCACAUAGGGCUUGGCCGUGGGGUGUGUGUUGUUUCUCGUCAUCUAAAACGCGUCGUCUCACAUUGUGUGUCUGUGCCAGCGCUGAUUCGUUUUCUUUUUUUACACGUCUACUGCAAUACUACCAUUCUCAACAGCCAUAUCGCAUACGGCCUCCCACAAUCCUUCGACCCCUCCCCCCUUUCGAGAUGGGGGCCAUAUCGAACUCGGUCCAGUUCAUCGAAACUCUGCCGUCCCCCCACACAGACUACCGUCCGAUCCGAGUUCAGCGAGGGCUACAGCGCACAGCUUCGCGCCGUCCUGUACAUCAGCGCAGUCGCCCUCAUCUCCACGACGCUGGCGUGGGACAUAAACCUUAAACGAGCUCGUGACAUGGCGGGGUAUUAGUCUGGUCCGACACAUUGGAUUGCUUUCCGGCCUCCUACAC